GCGGCGCCGCCCGCCCGGGGGUGCGAGGGGGCAGCGGCGGGCGGCGGCGCCCCCCCCGGCGGAGCGAGGGGCGGGCGGCUGCCGCUCGGCGGCCCCUCCGCCCGCGGAGCGAGCGGUGCCAGCGCCUCGCCUCGGGCGGCGAGGGGCAGGUCCCCCCGCCAUGGAGAGCGGGAUGCCGCUGUCUGGCAGGCAGCGAGCGCUGAUCCGGGAGAGCUGGCAGCGGGUGAGCGGCAGCCCCGUGCAGCACGGCCUCGUCCUCUUCACCAGGUUGUUUGACUUGGAUCCUGACCUGUUGCCCCUUUUCCAGUACAACUGCAAGCAGUUUGCCAGCCCUCAGGAGUGCCUCUCUGCCCCCGAGUUCCUGGAUCACAUCAGGAAGGUGAUGCUGGUGAUCGAUGCUGCUGUGAGCCACCUGGACAACUUGUCCUGCCUGGAAGAGUAUCUCUGCAACCUAGGCAAGAAGCAUCAGGCAGUUGGUGUGAAGGUCGAGUCUUUCUCGACUGUUGGCGAGUCCUUGCUGUAUAUGCUGGAGAAAUGCCUCGGCGCUGCCUUCAACCCAGACAUGCGGGAGGCCUGGAGCAAACUCUACGGUGCUGUGGUGAAAGCCAUGCAACGUGGCUGGGAGACCCUCCCAGAAGGGGACUAGGUCCUGUCAGCCAUGCCCAUCUCUGACCACACUGCGGUCCUGGGCAGGGGGAGUGUUCACACCACGUUCUCUGCCUCUCUCCACCUCUGUCUUUCCCCAUGCACCAGUCCAUCGCUGUCUUCUCCAGUCACAUGUGCUUCGGGGCUCUCCCAGUGAUUCCGCCUUGCUUCGACAUGGCCACAUCUCUGCCUUUGCUAAGGGCUGGCAGGGCACGUCUCUGCAGCAAAGCCUAGGAGUGCCGCAGCACAGGUACGCCGCCCUGCCCCAAGUUCCUUUGGGCUAGCUGAGGCACCAACACCCAUAUACCCACUCUGGUUUUUAGCUGGCUCAUCUUCCCUCCUCUUGCUACCCACCCUAGUUAGAUGACAGCUAGCGUAGGCCUUUUGGGCUUAUUUGCCCGAGAUCCUACUUGCUGUGUUGAGACCUGUGAGAUCCGGCACUGCUCACUCCUGCCACGCUGCUGUGGCCAGUUCAGCUGUGGCAAUGGCGGAUUUGGGUCCCUCCAGGGACAGGGGCAGCAGAGGUGGGAGCUGGCUGUGCCAUGUGGCCGCCCUCCCCAAACUUUGCAGGGAGCUUUUCCCUCUUUCUCUUCACCAACAUGUCAUUACCGGAUGGUUAAUCCCGGUGCUCUUUUCUGCCUUGCCUCUCCCCUGGAUGGGAUCCAUGGCUUUUCUUCAUGUCACGCUGGCCACAACUCAACGCGUUUCCUAGGGAUGAUUCAAGCAGUUUGGUCACGUUAAUCCUGAGGUGAGGCUGCUUUUAGCAGGUCUGGGCUGUCAGCUGAAAGGCUUUGUGUUGGUUUGGCUGGUUGGUUUAGCCUCAGAGCCAGCUGAAAGGCAGCAGCAGUGGUGGCUGUUUACUGCUUUGUGUUAAGGAGAAUAAAGUAAAUACAAGGAAAAGAUGUCUUAAAAUAAAAAUGAAGGUUGCAAUCAUGUCAUGGCAACAGCUUCCAGAAAUCGUUCUGGCUCUUGGCCAGAGGAAGCAUAGCUGGAAUUUCUCUGCUGAUGCUGUCAGGACCUGGAGCGCUUCCCAGCUGCACACAGUGCCCUUUAGUAAUCCCUCCCAGCCACACUUGAGACACGGCCGCUUCCGAGCAGAGCAAGGCACCCAGUUAGGUGCAUGCAGCAGUGGCUGUGUCAGGACAGGAGUGAAAAGACAGCGUCUGCCAGAAGAAAUCCCAGGAAAUGGCUGAGAGGCAGCACCUGAAGGCUCUGGGGGGAGCUGAACUUGAGCACUUUGAAGAAGAGUUCAUCUUUAUGGGGAAGUCACUGUGGGACAGGCAGAACCACAUUUCCAGCCUUCACUAGCCCCAGGGCAAGGACAUUGGAGCAAGUACUCCGUUACAGGCAGUGCCCUUUUUUUGCUGCUCCUUCAGGGCAGGAGGAGCCCAGCAUUGAGGGCUGAGAUGGUCCUGUUCUAGAGACCCGUUCCUCCUAUAUUCAGGCAUCCUCCACUCUGGGGCAGGAGAAGGCUGCCUGCUCCUUGCAGCUGCAGCUGAGGUCUCCCAGCUCCAUGCCAUGGAGGGGAUGAUGGGGUGCCCUGUGAGAUGAGGCUUCCUGCCACCAGGUCUGGUGGUGGCCGUGGGCUUCCAGCAAGCAAGGAGCCCUCCAGCUGAGUUUGAGAGGGGAGCUGAGGGGUGUUGUGGAACAGGCAGUGAACAAACCCUUGUAGGAUGCUCGCUGUCCUCCCUGCGGUACCAGGCUCUGCUCCUGCAGUCGUACAGCGUGGUGUUGUGCAUCCUGGCCCAUGGCUCUCUCCAUCAGUUGGGUCAGGUGAGGUCCUCCUUGUUCUUGUGCCAGGCAGUGAGGGAUGCAGGAGACAGGGUUGGGGGGAGACGCUGGCUGUGAUGGCAUGGUAUGGGGCAGGAGGGUUUGGGAAUGGGGACAUCCUCUUUGCAACCAUGUUCUAUGGUAUCAGCCUUCAGCAUCACAGGGGGAGACCUUCUGGCUCUGUGUGACAAGUAGGCAGCUGUGUGAUGGGUGGAGUGUGGGUGUUACUGCCCCAAACCAUCCCUGCUCCCUCUAGCUUUCCCAGCUCCUUGACUUCUCUGUACCACGUUUUGUGUAACUCCCAAGAGAACUAAACUUGUCUGUGUGCCUCUUAUACCCAGCUGUACUGUUUAAUAAAGAACAACAGCGCG